GUGGAUGAAGCAUACAAUUUUUUGCUGAAACAUCAUUCGUCGAUUUCUCCUUUGCUUACGCAUUUUGAGAUAAAAGUUAGCAGUGCCAGUGCACGUGGCAUUUAUUUGCGUGAACAUUAUCAGUCCUGUCGUGCUAGCACCUACGCUAUCGGCGUUCAGCCCUUUUUUAAACCCGAAUCAGAUAACGACGCAAAAAUAGAAUUUGUGAAGCAUUUGGUGCUAACUUGCGAUGCGCCAUAUGUUAAGUGUGCGAAACAAUUCACAUUGAUGCAUCAGGAGCGAGAAUUUACGAUCUAUUUGAAUCCGGUUGGUUUGGAAGCAGGUGUAGCUCAUUUUACUGAGAUUUGUGCAUAUGAUUCGUCGAACAUAUCAUUUGGUCCGUUAUUUCGAAUUCCAAUCACUGUGAUAGUACCGAUGGUUCUGGAUGAUAAUUCGCAAUAUAUGAUAACGAGGAAGCUGAAAUGCAAGCCUGCCUGCUCGGAACGGCUCUUCGUGCAUACUGUGACACUGGAUCCAAGCGCCGAAGAGCAAUAUGCAAUCAAAUUGCAAAGUGCCCGCACAAUGGAGCUGUGUCUCACCAAAUGGUGGUCAAAUCUGGGUGAAGCAGUGCUGGAAGCUGAACUGGUCUUCCACGUACAAAAAGCUAGCGAAGCGAAUUUUGAAUUGCCCGGAAUAACAGAUUACCUCUAUGAGAGCGCAUUCGAUGAUGUACAUAUCAUGGUUUUCUCGACAACUAAGCAAUAUUUUGGAAGCAGCGCCGCUUAUCCUGAUCGGUAUGUGUUGAAAUUGGAAAAAGGCGAGUAUCGUGCUCGUGUGCAAAUCCGGCAUGAGGAUGCAACGCUGCUUGAAAAAUAUCGUGAAACUAUUUUGAUAUUGAAACUCAAACUGGCCACGCCAAUAAGUUUGGACUGCUUCCAGAAUUAUGAAAGCGCUGUGAAAGGUGAUGGAAAGAAAUUUGGUACGAAAACCCUGAAACCUGGUGAAAUUGCGACAGUAUACAUUGGCCAAUUUCCCGAUGACAAAAUUAUGAAAGCAAGCUUUUCGUCGCAUCGCUUUAUAGAAACCGUGGUUUUGCCCAUCUCAUUCGUUUUUAUUUUUGCUCGAAAUCUUUUCAUUGAAGGCGCUGUGAAAGGUGAUGGAAAGAAAUUUGGUACGAAAACCCUGAAACCUGGUGAAAUUGCGACAGUAUACAUUGGCCAAUUUCCCGAUGACAAACUGCCGAAAAGUGGUUCGGCCGGCUGUUAUUUGGUGGGAGCGUUCUGCUUGGCCGAUAUGGAGUUAUCGCGUAGCCAUGUGCAAUAUCCAGUGACAUAUACUUUCCCGGAAUGGCCUCGUAAACUGACCAAGGAGAUCCCAGCCGUAACAUUGGGCAAAAAGAAAGAAGAUUGCGCGCCAGACUCGAUAGAAGCCAUGAACGGUAAAGAUUUUUUCGCUAUUCAAGAAUUACCUUUUUUUCAGUUCGAUGAUUCUGUAAAAUCUGACAAAUAG